AUGUUUCCGAAUUUUUCGAUCUUCGCGAAGAGAAAAUGUGAACAGUUCAUCGACACAGUGAACAUAAGAGGAGUGGACAAAAUUGUGAAAUCUCAAAACGUUUUCAUCACUGGUUCGUGGACAGUGGGUGUCAUUUUGUGCUCUGGCUUUCUACUUUGGCAGACUUCCGUACUUUUCAACAGAUAUUUCAGCUACCCGUACAACACCGUAGUAAGAAAAAGUGAAAAUAAACCAAUCUUUCCGAAGAUUACGAUUUGUAAUUUGAAUCCUAAAUAUAAUCAGCACAAUUAUUCAUACACGGAAUUUGUCAAUCAAGUGGAAAAAAUCACGUCUAAGCUUGAUUAUGAAAAACUAAACAUAACGAAAGACAAGAUGGCUGAUAUUUUGAAUAAAUUACAGAAACCUAUUGGUUAUUUUUCCAACUUGCCAGUAGUUCCUUACGUUAAUGAUUCAAGUUACGAUCGUGUGUUCAUCGUCGAUCAAUCCGUUUUUGAUUGGAAUUUUAAAAAGUUAUCGGGCAAGGAAGUAAUAACACCAAUUUGGCACCCGGCAUAUUAUCGCUGCUACACCAUAAGUUUCCCCACUGAAAUUAGAAGUUCAGUCAGUGCAGUUUCUUUGGUAAUUUAUUUAAAUAAUUUUGGGGAUUAUAUUUACCCGGGCACCUAUGGAGCUGGUUUUACGUACUCGAGAGCUAACGGUCUGAAAGUGCUAGUGCAUGAUCCAGGAGAAGAUCCGGACAUGAAAACUGGAGUCAGUGUCGGAUCGGGAUGUGAGAUGUCGUUGAAGAUGCAAAUGGUGAAUAGGAGCCGUCUACCAUACCCCUACCAAAAAAAUGGUUGCAAAGACAAAAAUCAUAUUAACUUAACAAGAUCUGGUUUUUAUUCAAAAUCUUUAUGCGUAGAACAUUGCGUUCAGAGAAUUACGCUGCAAAAAUGUCGUUGUUUGUCAAGCGGAUAUCGAUUUACCAGCGAACAGCUAAAGAAAGCCAAUGAAACCAUUUGCGGAAAUGUAACAAAAAGUAAUUUUCAACCGGUUAAUAAUAAUGAAACACCGCAAUUCAUAUCUCAACUGAUAUGUAGCGAAUCAAUUAAAGUUGAUGAUCUUUGCGCAAGCAAGUGUUUGGAUUCCUGUCAAGAAAUUUCCUAUCACUCACCUGGUCAGACAGCUCCAUGGCCUGAAGAAUCUCAACAGUUAGCUUUCUACAAGCGUUACAUUUAUAAUUCUCUUUACCCCAAUAUUGACAAAUUCGAUAAAUACAAGGAACUUCAAGCCAGUUUUGUUGGUGGUUUAAAAAACGACUCGCAAAUUAUUCGUGAGCUAAAAAGUUUAGAUCUAAUCCGUGAAAAUUUUGUGCAGCUAAACUUCAUAUUCGAAAACGAUUACAUCUUACACUACAACGACGUGGAAGCAAUGAGUCUGACGUUGUUCAUCUCAUCGUUUGGUGGAACGUUGAGUCUCUGGAUGGGCAUAACAGCCAUGACCUUCAUCGAAAUCAUUGAAUUCAUUUACUUGCAGGUUGUUUCAAUUUUUCUCGAGAAAAAAGUAGAAAACAAUUCUGGAAAAGAUGGAGAAGUAAUCGAGAAAGAUGAAGAAUGA